AUGAAACUUUGCAUAUUCCUGAGUAUAUGCUUCGCAUGCCUCUCUGCUCCAGUGAUGGAGGAACCAAAAGAACCGGAAGCAACGAAAAACGAAGAACAAGCGCUCACAGUGGAAUCGCUGGAUGGUUACUUGGACAUGAUAAAGAUGUUCAGAGGUAUGCUGCCACAAGACCUUAUGAAAACUAUUGAUAGUCUGAACAUGACGGAAAAGGGUGAACUCGUCGGUUUUCUAUCCGAUUGGUACAAUGGAAGAAUUAAAAAGCCAGAAAAUAAAGCUGAAAUCGUUGAGUUGAUCAAAGAUUAUCUACCAACGGUCUAUGAGAAGAUCGACGCGCUCAAUACAACUUUCUAUGAAAAAUUCUUAAAAUUGAAACCGGAAACACAGGAAUUGCUUCGAUCGUGGCGCGACAAAGCAAUAUCCUUGGAAGGCGAGACUCCAGCCGAAUCAGCAGCAAAGCGGUUGCAAUUUCUUAGAGAUGUCGCUCUUUCAGUGCAGACGAUGAACAACGAGACCAAGGAGGAUAUUCGAUCACAGUUCCCAACGGCAGUGAAUUUGACAGAAGGAUUUGGCUUUACCGUACUCACAACAAUGGCUAUGAUCGUGCAAAAGAUCAUGGAAUCAUUUAGCGCCAUAGGAACGACUGUUGCAACACCUCAAGACUGUCCAGUACCUCUGGACUAA